AUGCAAAGGGACAGUUCAGCUUCCGAGCAGAGCUCGCCUGAGAUCGAACAAGUCACUGGGAGGGAUGUUACAUUGCAGCCAUUUCAGUGUAUGAUAUGUUCAAGAAGAUUCACCAGACAUGAGAACCUGAAAAGGCAUUCCUUACUCCAUCAACCCUCUGAUAAGAACACAAAAUUCUCCUGUUUCUAUUGUAUCAAGGUGUUUGCCAGGCGUGAUUUGAGGAAAAGGCAUAUAAAGAAACAGCAUCCUGAUCGACCUACGACCCCUAAAGACAAUGCAAAUUCGAAUAAUAAUCAGCAGGAUGGGAUCUCUCCGACGCAAUCGCUUCCAGGUCAAAAUCUGGACCAACAGCAGCCGGAGGCACAACAACCACCUUUCUCCUAUGAUCUCAGUCAACUCGAUUCAGCUAUCUUCCCCCAUUCCUCCUCCUCUUCUACAGCUUAUCAGUCCAAUUCCAACUUAUCAGCCUCGGGUAGCUAUACUCAAUCCCUAUAUCCCCAAAAGAACACCAACGUAAAUGUAGAGACCAACUCGAUACCUGUACAAGAGAUGUUCAGGAUAGAGUCUCUACUGUCGCAGCCACCUCUCAGUAUGAUGGAUGGAAUUGACCAGAUGCAAGGGCAAUCAGAUUAUUCAGCACCAACCUUUUCUGAUCGUAGACCCAGUACGGUAAUAUCCCGAACGUCCCCUCUUUCCUCAACGUCCACCAACGACAUAUUCGUUUCGCAGAACACGGUCGAGAGCGGGGUCAACCUAUUCUUCCAGCAUGUCUCAGGUUAUUUCCCUUUCCUUCAUCGACCGACAUUCAAUAUCUCUCAAACCUCCGAAUACCUCUUAAUGGCAAUGUUGAGCGUUGGCAUGCAAUUUAGCGAUGAUGAGGCUGAAGGAAGCAAGAUUGCGAAAUAUUGUUUUACCCGAGGAAGAAAGAUUUUAGAUGCGAUGGAACAGGAGGAACAUGAUCAAGGAGCAUUCAAGUUGGAUGUGAUCCAAGCAUAUUUGUUGUUGGAGAUCCACGCGUCGAUGUACUCGGCUGGAUCUGAUAGUGCGUAUGGACUCAGGAUGCACAAUAGGUUAAUAGAGCUCGCUAGAACAGGCGGUCUGACGGAUCCGUAUCCCUCUCAAUCAGCCAGCUCAGGUGAUCUAGAAACACUGUGGCGUCAGUAUGUCAAAGCUGAAAGUCAUAAACGCACCUUGUUCGCUGCGUACCACCUUGACGUACUAUGGUAUCACACCCUCUCAGUACCGCGUACCAUCUCCCAUCUUGAGAUCAAACAUGAUUUACCAUGUUCAGAAGAUAUAUGGCAAGUCAACACGGCAUCCGAAUGGGCUUAUCGUACUUUGAUCAACGACCAACAGCAGCAACAAUCUUCCCAGCGGUAUUUGACUGCUGUCCGAUCCUGCUUGACUCCCAACCCAUCUUUAGACAUGUCAGCCUUCGAUGCCCAUGGAUCAUUGGUGGUCAUCCUGUUCUUGCUUAGUAGUGUAAGGGAGAUGUCCGGUUGGUCAACUAUGACUGGGAAGGUAUGCAUAGAAAGAUUCGAGGCAUUACAUGCUUCUCUCACCGCUUUCGAACCAGUCAUUCAGAGUAAUAUCGAUUCUUCUCCGAUGUCUGUACUCAUGCAAGCCACUUGGCACACUGCGAUGAUAGAGCUGUUACUUUGGUCUCCAUCGCAUACGAAUGGGGUCGUAGAAAGAAGUCUGGAAGCGGCUUUAGCAGCAUCUGCUCGUCUCAGCAAUUCCUCAACUACAUUCUCAUCGCCUAUGGUAGCAGCUUCGGUAGAUCGACACCUAAGCUGGUUCCUGACCUAUCUAGAUACCAAAACAGACGUAUCGGACGAAGCUCCCUGGAUGGCUAUAUUCGCAUUCAAAGCUGUACUCGUGUCUUAUCAAUUGGUUAAAGCCGGCUGUAUAGAGACGCUGAAUAAUAUUCCCCCAAGAGAUAGCUCAGAGAUGUUGGAUUGGAUCAGAGAGGUGUUUGAAAGGAGGAGGAAUUGGAAGGUGGCCAAGAUCAUCGUCAGUAGUCUGGAGGAGUUGGAGUAG